GGCUUGCCACGGUGACAUCACGGGCCGCCGACCGUCUUCCGGCUUCCUUCAGCGGCGUCUUCAAGUGGACCCGUCGGAUCCGCGUCCACUCGUCCACUGGUCCGGCCUGCGCCAGCCACGCGGACGCACGCGCGCGCGCUCCCGUCCCGUCCAGUCCCGCACUUACCGGCGCAGGAGCCGCUCGCGACAAGCAAGCAAGCCAGCAAGCGAGCGGGCGACGAAGGAAGACCCGACCGGCACCGGCACCGGCACCGACACCGACACCGACACCGGCACCGGCAGCUCCUGGCAUCUUCUUUCCUUUCCUUUCCUUUCCUUUCUUUAGUUUUAUUUUGAUUUUUCAAUUCUAUUUUUUUGCUUUCCCCGUUCGUGGUCGUCCUACUCCUCGGUCUGCUGAUCUUUUCUAUCUUUUGUCGUGGAGCCGUGCGAGUGUGCCUCCUUUUUUUUUUUUUUUUUUUUUUUUUUGGGGUACCCCCUCCUCCUCCUCCUCUUCGUCCUCCUCCUCCUCGUCAUCAUCAUCACAUUCAUCAUCAUCUGCGGAGGUGCUCCCCAGAGACGCGUGCGGUUUUGCGGGACAUGGCCAAAUAGCAGCAGCCCGUGAUGCCGGACCAUGACAGCGACUCCCUCCUGAACAGACAGACCAAGCGAAGACGCGUGGACAUCGGCGUGAAGAGGACCGUGGGCAGCGCCGCCUCAGCCGCAGCGACCACCGAUAGCAUCGCGCGCGCCAAAGCCGCCAUUUUCAGCGCCAUGAACUCUCUGAGCGGCCACUCUCACCACGGGUCGGACGGCGAGCCCGUGGAGUGCUCCGUCGUGCAGCCGCACGGAGGGCCCGGCGUGGUUUCGGCCGGCGACGGCGAUUCAAAGUCCAACGUGCUGCGGAAGCUGCUGAAGCGGGCCAACUCCUACGAGGACGCCAUGAUGCCCUUCCCCGGCACCACCAUCAUCUCGCAGUUGCUCAAGAACAACUUGGCCAAAAACGGCGGCGGCGGCGGCGGCGGGGACCGGGGCGAAAGGGGCGACCACGGCUUCCCGGGAUCGGGGCUCUCCAACACGAGCUCCGACGCUCCCCAGGAGGACGCCUGCAGCAACUCCUCCCAAGAGAGCACCCCCCAGGAAUGUUUGUCGCCCUUCGGCCGGCCCCCCGGCCUGGGCGCGUUCGACGUGGAGCGUCUCAACGACGAGCACCUGCGCGCCAAGCGGGCGCGCGUGGAGAACAUCAUCCGCGGCAUGAGCCACUCCCCGAGCGUGCUGGUGCCGCCGUCUUCUCGCCACGAGAUGGACGGCGAGCGGGAAAUGGAUCUGGAGUGCCCGCCUCCCCGCGCCCAGCACCGGGGGCCCGGCAGCCCGCGGGCCGGCGAGCCGUGCGGAGGCGGCGGCCGGGAGAAUAAGCGCAAGCAGCGUUUGCCUCAGCAGCAGCAGCAGAGCUUCACCCAGCUGGUGUGUCAGAGGAAAGAGCAGAAGCAGGAGGAGCGGCGACAGCUCAAGCUCCAGCUGGAGGACAUGCAGAAGCAGCUCCGGCAGCUGCAGGAGAAGUUCUUCCAGAUCUACGACUCCACCGACGACUCGGAACACAACGACGCGGGAAACCUGUCCGAGGACAGCCCGGCGAGGUCCGACAACGGCCCCGACGAGCGGGCCGGCGAGGACGACGAAAUGUCCGACCUGGAUCCGGGCCGCUUCCUGGACCGGGCGCGGGCCCUGCUCGGAGAGCCGGCCCCGCCGGGGAACGGGGACAAGGCGGGACGAGAUGGAGCCGGCCGGGGCAAAGGGCAGGGGGGGGCCGAAGGUAAACAGCUGGCGGAAACGCUGAAGCAGGAACUCAACUCGGCCAUGACGCAGGUGGUGGACACGGUGGUCAAGGUGUUUGCCAAGCCCCCGCGCCCCACCCCCCAGCAGGCCUUCCCCCCGCUUUCCUUACCCCCCGAAAGGUUCCCUUCUGCGGUCAACGGGGACAACCCAAACUUUCACACCGCCAACCAGAGGCUGCAAUGCUUCGGCGACGUCAUCAUUCCCAACCCGCUGGACUCCUUCGCCGGCAUUCCCGGCAUUCCGGCCCCGCUGAACGACCAGACCGAGGCCCUGCCGCUGGUCGUCAGGAAGACGCCCGGCGACCAGCACCACCACCACCACCACCACCACCACCAGUCCUCGGCCGUGGGGGCCCACGGGGGUCACCACCACCCGUCUCUUCACCCUUCGUCGCUCUCUGCCUCGAUGGGGUUCAGCCCGCCCUCCUUCAGGCACCCCUUCCCCCUGCCUCUCAUGGGGUACCCCUUCCAGAGUCCCCUGGGGCCGCCCACGGCCGGCUACCCGGGCAAAGAGCGCUCCUCGCCCGACUCCGUGGACCUGUCCCGGGAGAGCGCCAGCCUGAGGACCAAGAUGGCGUCCGGCCACCACCUGGGGCACCACCAUCGCUCGUGCUCGCCGGCCCACCCCGGCGGCACGGCGGAGGGACUCUCCUUGUCGCUCAUCAAAUCCGAGUGCGGCGACCUGCAGGACAUGUCCGACAUCUCGCCUUACUCGGGCAGCAACAUACAGGAGGGUCUCUCCCCGAAUCACCUGAAGAAGGCCAAGCUCAUGUUCUUCUACACCCGCUACCCGAGCUCCAACAUGCUCAAGAUGUUCUUCUCAGACGUGAAGUUCAACCGCUGCAUCACCUCCCAGCUCAUCAAGUGGUUCAGCAACUUCCGGGAGUUCUACUACAUCCAGAUGGAGAAGUUCGCCCGGCAGGCCAUCAACGACGGCGCCGCCGGCGUGGAGGACCUGAGCGUGAGCCGCGACUGCGAGCUCUUCAGAGCCCUCAACAUGCACUACAACAAGGCCAACGACUUUGAGGUCCCCGAUCGCUUCCUGGAGGUGGCGGAGAUCACGCUGCGCGAGUUCUUCAACGCCAUCGUGGCGGGCAAAGACGUGGACCCGUCGUGGAAGAAGGCCAUCUACAAGGUGAUCUGCAAGCUGGACAGCGAAGUGCCCGACAUCUUCAAGUCGCCCAACUGCCUGCAGGAGCUUCUGCACGAGUAAAGCGACUCCGCCUUCGACGCCGUUCUCCUUGCUUCCAUUGCGUCGGCCCCCUUUUCGAUUGGAAUUUGCCAACGUAUGAAAGUUCUGAAGUAGCAUUCGGGCCGUCUGUUCCUCGCCCGCUCGCCCGCUCUUGUGUUGCUUUCCUUCGAUGAUGGUGAUGGUUGUUCUUGCUUUUGAUUUUCCUCUUGACGAACUGAACCUUUGAAUCCUUUUGGGCUGAUUUGGGGACUGAGUGACUCCUAUUUUCAUUUUAUUUAAUUUUUUUUUUUGGGGGGGGGGGGCCUAACUCACAAAGCGACGAAGGAAAGGGGCAGGAUUCCGUACAGAUUCGGAAUCCGCUUGGGGUCCAUUGGACGAAGCGCCCCCGCCCUCCCCCCGGCCGUAGAUUGCGCAGCAUUAAUAAAGAUCAGAACUCCUGAGGAUCUUGACGGGAUUUGGUGGUGCGAGUCUGGACCAGUUUUAAAAAGAUCCCGUUUUGAAGUGUGUUUUCCCUGCAAGUAGGCCAUUGUGUUUAUCGGGUGUACAUUAUUAUUAUUAAUUAUUAUUAUUAUUAUGAUGACUAUUUUGGGGAUACGAUGAUUUUAUUAUUUGUCACCGCCGGUUGCUGAAGGUUGGCACUUGAAGUUUUGUUUGUCCUUUCGAAGACAAAAAAAAAAAAAAUAAAAUAAAAAUAAAUUAUUCCUAUUAAGAGUUUUGAGAAAGAGUUGAGAUUCUGGAAUAUUCUGCUUCGUGUGUCCAUCGCUUGAAAUGUUUUAUUUUCCAUUUAGUUUUGGAGGUGCGGCAUUACAUUUUUGUUGUCGAUGUUGUUAUUUUGUGUACAUUUGUAGCGUUUUCUGCAAUUUUCCCGUUUGCUUAUUUUCUUUUUCCGUCGCCUCUCAGACUUUCUGUUGGUUUCCCUACACGAGCGCCAUUUGUGUCUUUUGAUAUUCUGGCACUAUUUUCCACCAACCCGCCUUUUUUUCGUCGGCGGGGCUUUUGAUUUCGGGGCGCGACGACGUCAUCUCAAUUGCGGCAGAUACUUGAAGAGGUGCGAAUCCCGAAACGGAGAAAAUUGAAGAGGCACCCAAAAAAGGCCGUCAUUAGGAAUUCAGAAAGACGCGGCAACAAUGCGGGGUCGGAGGUGAGCGGGGGAGAUCUCGGCGAGUUCAAAGUGCGCCCACGGAGGGGAGGGGGCCACGCCGAAACCUUCCACUCGAGACCCGUUCGGUCACGUGACGAGCGCAGGUAUUUUUUCAAAAAGAUUCAUCGGCCCGCUUGAUCUUUCCUUGUUUUUUUUGUUUUUUUGCUGCCUUUUUUUCAAGCUUCCGGUUGGCUGAUGUGACUUUGGCUGCCGUUUUGGUUUUGCAAGUGUUUGACAACAUUUUGACAAGAAUUGUUAUUUGUACAAAAUGUCUGACGUCAGAGAUUUUAAAUGACUAAAACGCUGAAAUGGAAAACAAGAUUAAAAAAAAAAAAAAUAGACUCCUCCAGAGUGAGCAUUUCCCUAAAAAUUAUACAAAUGCAUCUUUGGGCCUGAUCUUUCUUUCUUUCUUUUUUUUUUUUUUGCAAUGUCCAAAGCCGGCAGAGGAUUUGUUCUUUCUUUUGCUUUUGUUUCUAAAAUAGUGACUAGUCAAGUCUAUAGUUUGAAAAUCGUCAUCUGGUUGCGCCUUUUCCAGAAAUGACUUUCUUCACCCUUCCGAUUGGUUGACAGUUUUACAUCAAGCACCAAUGAAAGAGAUUUAAUUUUUUCCACUGCUUGAGUCAAGGGCAAAAACUUUUUUACCGUUACUUGACAAUUGGGCAAAGUUGGCAGUUUUGACUCAAACCCUUUUUUUCCAUAGUUUGGUGAGGUUUUAGAUCAAUACGUACUACUUGGAGAAAUAUGCAUUUUUGGAAGAAGAAAGUCAUUUUUGCACAUGCCGUUCAACUCCAUCGGUGAUUUCCCCCCAAAAUCGACUUUAGGUGUCAUUGAGCCUUUUCCAGAAACGACUUUCUUCCAAUUCUGACAGGCGAGGACGACAUUACGGGUACGAGGAAAAAGCUUCACCUGUUUACUUUUUUACUUUUCCCCCCGAUUUUGAAAAAUGCCUGCGCACGGACACGUCGCUCCGCCUCCCACACGAGGACGGAUCAAAAGCGUGCGGACAAAGGGAGGCAGAGAAAGACGAGAGCGCCUCCCUCCAUUAUCUGGCUCUCCUCGAGAUCGGCGGACGAUUUUGUCACCGGGCGACGUCUGAAAGCGCCAAACAAAAGGAGAGAGGAAAGGAUCCGCUUCUGAAAGCGCCUCCACGCCCUCGCGCUUCCCGACGCUAAAAGCGUACAGCUCAGAUGUUCAGCGCCACAUCAAUAACUUUUUUUUUUUUGUUAGUUUUUAUAAAGAAUUGUACAGUUUAAAAUCUAUGGGGAAAUAUAUAUAUAUAUAUAUAUAUAUACGUACACCAUAGUGGCAUUUUUUUUUUGUUUGUUUUUUGACAAGUCUGUUGAAUUCUGUGUUCCGGAUAAGUGAAUUGUUAGUAGAUUAGCAGCAAUAGGUGUACAUUUUGUGACUUGGUUUCUUUCUCCGUUUUGAUUUUUUUUCAUUUCUUCACAUCGGGAAAGAUGAACUCAGAAUCCAAUAUUGUCCAGUCAACUGUAAAUACUGUGGAGAUAUUAAAACAAAGAAUAGCUGGACAGUUUUGUAUAAUCAAUCCAACGGUAUGGGAAAAUGGUGUCAGAAUCCCCCACCCCCGCCCCAAAAUGACGUCUCACGCCUUCACCGGGGGCCCCUCGCUUACUUCAAUUGAACACUUGAGAGCGCGAGAAACCCCCUGAAGACGUUUCCGCCGUGCGUGAGCUUCGUAGGGCGAGCGAAACGCCGCCGAGGACCGCGAGUGGGGCGGCGGGCUGGGGGGGGGGGGGGGGGGCGUUGUACACAACCCAAGAAUUGCGUCGCUUGUUUUUCUACUGGGUUCAAGCGGUCGGGGAAAACUUGUUGUGUUCUGCCGUCAUUUUUGGAGUGCUUUGCAUUUUGUGUUUGUGUGCGAGUCCGCGAGUGAAAAGAGAAAAGGCCGAUUAUGAGAACCUGUGAACCAGUUAGUGACACAAUUCUCAACGCGCCGGUGAACCCCACCCCCCACCGCGCCACCCUCCCCCCUUGGGAGUGCCAUGCCGACAUGUAAAUGACUCUCAUUAAGCGGCGCCCGCGUGCGUGCGUGCGCGUGGCAGCAUCAUUUCCUCGGAUCCGUUUGCUGGCCUUUUUGAAAGGGAUUUUUUUUUUUUUCAUUUUUUGUUUCAUUACGCUUUCGCUAGUUAAUCUUUAUGGUUGUUAUUAUUAUUAUUAUUAUUAUGACUCUGAUUCCAUUGGCCAUCUUCUUUUGUAAAUAUCCAUGAGAUGAACUGGAAAAGUGAAAGCUACUGCCUUUGUAUAACUUAGCAAUAUGUUCUGUAAAUAGUGUUUUGUUGAUGCUUUUUUUUUUUUUCUCGUUUUGUAUGACGACGAUGAUGAUGAUGAUGACGAUGAUACCGCUAUUUUUAUUCUAGUCCAGUAAUUCCAAUCGGAGCGGUGGUUGUUUUUUUUUCUUUUUUUAAUGACACACAGGCUGUCAAAUACAACUCAAAUGAUGUUAUGGCUGCUGUAUUUUAUUUUAUUUUCAUUUUUUUUCUUUGAUUUGUGUCUAUUUUGUCCUGCAGAUUGUGUGUAAUUUAUUGGUUUAAUUUAUCCUAAUUUAUUCAACGUUGCAGGGAAGGCUGUACUGCAUUUCAUAAAGUAGGCCCAAAUUUCUUCAAAUGAAUCCUAGCUGAAGGUGAAUUUUUGGGGAAAAAAAAAAAAAAAAAAAGUAUAAACAUGGGGAGGCUUUCGGCAGCUAAAUGGAAUUUUCGAUUUGUUUUCCGUACGUUCCCAGACGGGGCCGACCGAGGCUAAUGCGGAAAACUGAAACCACUUUGAAGCUGUUUUGUAUUUUUGUUUGUUUUGUUUUGACCCCCCCCCCCCACCCCCAAUUGCUUUGUCCCGGCCCAAACACAACCAGUAGUCAAAUUGCCUUUCGUGCCUUCACCUUCUAUCAACUGAAUGUAUGUGCAGUAUAUAUGCAAGCUUGUGAAAAAUGGAUCAAAAAUGGAAAUAAAAAAGAAAGAAAAACAAAAGUCUUCUUUUUAUAUGAUAUCAUAACGGCUAUUAAAACGUCUGAUGCUAAAUGUUACUUUACCAAUUUCUUGCUUGUGUUGAG